AUGGUCAACUUUGCACUAGCCCUCGCAGCUAUAGCUGUCUUACCUCAGACAGCCCAGGCUUUAUAUGAGAAUGGCUCCAUCGUGGCUCCUUGCGACUCACCUAUUUACUGCCAUGGCGAUAUUUUGAGAGAAGUUGAGCUGGCACGUCCAUUCUCAGACUCCAAGACAUUCGUGGACAUGCCUGCCAUCAAGUCUCUGGAAGAAAUCCAAGCGGCAUUCAACAACCUGUCGAAACCUCUGAGCAAUAACACCGCACUCAACGAUUUCCUACGCGCCAAUUUUGCCGCAGCAGGUGGUGAGCUGACGGAGGUUCCCAAGGAUCAAUUGAAAACGGACCCGAAGUUCCUCGACAACAUAAACGAUACAGUGAUCAAGGAAUUCUCUCAGAAGGUCAUUGCUAUAUGGCCGGACUUGACCCGCACCUACACUGGCUCAGCAAGCAAUUGCACCACAUGUCCGAACAGCUUCAUUCCAGUUAAUCAUACCUUUGUCGUCGCCGGAGGCCGGUUCCGUGAGCCUUAUUAUUGGGACUCUUUCUGGAUUCUCGAGGGCCUCUUGCGCACAGGCGGCGCCUUCACUGAAAUUUCCAAGAACGUCAUUGAAAACUUUUUGGACCUUGUGGACAAACUCGGUUUUGUACCCAAUGGUGCUCGGAUUUACUAUCUCAACCGUUCGCAGCCGCCAUUGCUGGCGCAAAUGGUGCGCCUCUAUGUCGAGUAUACGAACGACCGGAGCAUUCUGGGACGCGCCAUUCCUCUCCUCAUCAAGGAGCAUGAGUUCUGGAUGACCAACAGAACUGUUGAAGUAAAUAGAAAUGGGACUACAUACAGUCUGAAUCAGUACAACGUCACCAACACGCAGCCAAGACCUGAAUCUUACCGAGAAGACUACGUCACUGCUUCGAACGCCUCAUACUACUCGACCAGCGGAAUCAUUUACCCCGAGGUCGAGAAGUUGAACGACACUGAAAAGGCUCGCUUGUAUGCCAAUUUGGCGUCCGGUGCUGAGAGUGGCUGGGAUUACACCUCACGAUGGCUUUCUCGACCUGGAGAUGCAGCGAGAGACGUAUACUUUCCUCUAAGGUCUCUUAAUGUUCUAGAAACUGUCCCAGUAGAGCUGAAUUCCAUCUUGUACUGGAAUGAAAUGACCAUCGCUGCUCUCCUCAACUCCACACAAAACGGCACUGGGGCGUUAACUUGGACUGAGCUCGCCGUCAAACGAAGUCAAGCAAUGUACGAUUUGAUGUGGAAUUCCACCUUGUCAAGCUAUUUUGACUAUAAUGUGAGCUCGGGAGCUCAGAAUAUCUACAUUCCUAGAGACGACGAUGCUACCGAAGUUGAGACGAACACUGCCGGAUCACAACAACAAGUCCUCUUUUCAGUUUCUCAAUUCUACCCGUUCUGGACAGGGGCAGCACCUUCUCACCUCAAGAAUAAUCCUUACGCGGUCAAGCAAGCAUACCAGCGUGUGGAGAAGUACUUGGACAACAAGAAGGGCGGCAUCCCGGCCACAAAUCUCAAGACAGGUCAGCAAUGGGAUCAGCCAAAUGUCUGGCCGCCAUUGAUGCACGUCCUCAUGGAAGGUCUCCGUAAGACGCCUGCUACUUUUGGAGAAUCAGAUCCGGCCUGGCGUGACGUCCAAAAUCUUGCGCUCCGCCUCGGACAGCGGUACUUGGACUCUACCUUCUGCACAUGGUAUGCUACGGGGGGUUCAACUAGCGAGACUCCCCAGCUGCAGGGCUUGACUGCCCAGAGUGUCGGCACCAUGUUUGAGAAGUACGGCGAUAAUUCGACCAACGUCGCAGGUGGCGGUGGAGAAUACGAAGUAGUUGAAGGAUUCGGCUGGACAAAUGGCGUUCUACUCUGGGCUGUUGAUGUGUUCGGAAAUGGCUUGAAGAGGCCCGACUGCGGCAACAUCACCGCAGCCAACGUUCAUCCCGCAAAGAGAAGCCUAUCUCAACGUGCGGUAGAGUUAGAUGGCUACGAUGCUGCCUGGAUCAAAAAGUUUGGCAGGCGCGCUGAGGAGGCCGCGAGGAGGUUGUAG